AUGUCGCAUACCGCAGGCUACGACAAGGGCUUGCUCGACGAGGCGCCGGAAGUAACUAAACAACAAAGACAGAGGUUCUAUGAUGCUGAUCUUCUCAACGACGAAGCAAAUCAACGACCCACAGGCGGCGCUGCACCAACCUCCGGCGCAACAGCACCAGCACCCGCACGAUCAAAUACAGACAUCGAAGCAGGACACAGCGGUGCCCGGUCGAAAGAAUACACUCAACUCCCUCCACCCACCGCCCGAAAGACACCAUGGUACAAAACCCGCGCAGGGAUACUCGGACUCGUCAUCCUCGCCGUCAUCAUAGUCGGUGCAGUAGUCGGCGGAGCAGUCGGCGGGACACAAGCGCAUAAGAAAUCGAACAAUACACCUGUCUCAACGUUACCAGCAAGCAUAGCGCCUACGGAUGGCACAACUACCAGCGACUCUUCUGCUCAGAGCGCCGCACCGCAGGGCGGAGAAUCAUCUUCUACGGGCGCUGCGCCUCCUGCAACUGCUACAACGUCGCAGCAAGCAGGACAGGGUACGGCAGCGGCUCCCGCUGUGCCAGGUGUGCCAGCUAUCUCUACAGCGUUGGCGACGCAGGCGGAUGCGGGCAUUGGAGGUGCAGCGAAUGUAAUAGCAGUCAGCGCCGCUACAACGCAGGUCAGCACGUAGUAAAGCCAUGGUCAGGACGAAAUGUAUGGCAUGCUGUGGUCGGAUCGAAUUGGACAUCAUGAGAGAAAAAAGAUAUUUUAUUUCUCGAUAGGAAGAACUAAUCUUUUUUUUUUCGCGGUUUGUUGUGUAUACGCACCUCCUGUCACUCCCACCCUUUUAUUUUUUUCUUUCUCUCUUUAACUUUUUGUUUAACAACGACUGUAAUUGGAUUCAUGUCCCUUCGUUUCUAUUUCUAAC